AAAAUCUCCAAAAAAAAAACCCCAAAAAAAAACACAAAAAUCAAUAAAGAUAGAUAGAGAGAGAGAGAGAGAGAGAGACUAUAGACACUCCACGAAGCUUUCGAGAAUGAUGAUGGAGAGCAGAGACCCUGCUAUUAAGCUCUUCGGUAUGAAAAUCCCUUUUCCGGCUGUUUUUGAGUCGCCGCCGGUGACGGUUGACGAGGAGGAAGAAGAAGAAGAUGAUUGGAGCGGCGGAGAUGGAGGAGACGACAAAUCAUCAGAAGAUAAUAAGGUAACUCCAGAGUUACCAGAUAAGAACUGUAACGACAACAGUCUAAACAAUUCGAAUGAGUCCAAACCCGAAACUGGGGACAAAGAGGAGGAGACGACUUCAACGGAUCAGAUUGAGAGCAGCGACUCGCCUGAUGAUGGUAGUAACCAGCAGACCACAGCUGAUGGUAAAGUCCUGAAGAAACCUACCAAGAUUCUGCCGUGUCCUAGAUGCAAAAGCAUGGACACCAAGUUCUGUUAUUACAACAACUACAACAUAAACCAGCCUCGUCAUUUCUGUAAGGCCUGUCAGAGAUAUUGGACAGCUGGUGGGACUAUGAGGAAUGUUCCUGUGGGAGCAGGGCGUCGUAAGAACAAAAGCUCCUCGUCUCAUUACCGUCAUAUUACUAUAUCUGAGGCUCUUGAGGCUGCGAGGCUCGAUCCGGGGUUGCAGGCGAACACAAGGGUCUUGAGUUUUGGUCUAGAUGCUCAUCAACAGCAUGCUGCUGCUCCCAUGGCACCUGUGAUGAAUUUACAAGGAAACCAGAAGGUCUCAAACGGAGCUCAAAACGUGUUUCAUGGGGUAGCUGAUCAGCGGCUUGUGGCUCGGGUAGAGAAUGGAGAUGAUUGCUCAAGCGGCUCAUCGGUGACCACCUCUAACAAUCACUCAGUGGAUGAAUCAAGACCACAAAGCUGCAGAGUUGGUGAACCACAAAUGAACAAUAACAACAACAUGAAUGGUUAUGCUUGCAUCCCAGGUGUUCCGUGGCCUUACACGUGGAACCCAUCGAUGCCUCCACCAGGUUUUUACCCGCCUCCAGGGUUUCCAAUGCCGUUUUACCCUUACUGGACCAUCCCAAUGGUAUCACCGCAUCAAUCCUCAUCCCCUAUGAGCCAAAAAGCUUCAAAUCCAAACUCUCCCACUCUCGGAAAGCAUCCGAGAGACGAAGAAUCCGCAAGAAAGGACAACGAGACAGAGCAGCGAAAACAGAGGAACGGCGUUCUAGUCCCAAAAACGUUGAGAAUAGACGAUCCCAACGAAGCAGCAAAGAGCUCGAUAUGGACAACACUAGGUAUCAAGAACGACGGGAUGAUGAGCAAAGGCGGUGGUAUGUUCAAAGGGUUUGAUGAUCAGAAGACAAAGAUGAAUAACAACAACGACAAAACCGAGAACUCCCCUCUUCGUUCUGCUAACCCUGCUGCUCUGUCAAGAUCACAUAAUUUCCAUGAACGGGUUUAGAGUUAUACAUGUAUGUAUAUGUAUGAUUUGAUUUGUAUGUAUAGAUGAUAUUUGGAGAGUGAUGAGUUUUUGAGAAUCAAAACUCUUUUCUUCCUCCUCGUGACCUUAUUCCUUUUUGAGAUGUUUUUGUACAAUGUACACUAUUGCUUCUUUCUUCAUUUGUCAAAAGUGUAGGAAAGAGAUAACAUUAAUGGUAAAAAAGUUGUUGUUGCGUUGGCAUUUCAACCGACACUCUUCUGACU